UUGCGGAUAUAUUUCUUCAAUAAUCUCAAAUAUAUAUAAUUGAAUACCAAAUAUUAUCUUACAGCCCAGUAUAUACACAAUCAUGUCGGACAAGAAAACGAUCAUAGCCUUCGAUCUCUACGGUACUCUCCUCUCCACCGAAAGUAUUGCAAAAGAAUUGGCUCGUCAUUUUGGCGAUGAGAAAGCACAAUCAGUUGCUACACUAUGGAGGAGAUAUCAAUUAGAAUAUACUUUCCGGAUGAACAGCAUGUUACUAUAUAAACCCUUCUCAGAAAUCACAAAUACAUCGCUUCGUCACGCAAUAUCCGAACAUAAACUUGCUCUGUCUGAAACAGAUAUUGAGAGUGUAAUGAAAGCAUACGAUUCUCUCUCCGCCUUUCCAGACGCUUUAACCGGACUCGAAAACCUGGCCAAAGAUUCAGGAACUAAUGCUUAUGUAUUUUCAAACGGGACAAAUAAAAUGGUCUCUUCAUCUGUCAAUAACUCUUCAGAGCUCUCAAAGUUCAAAGACCUCUUUAAAGAGCUUAUUACGGUGGAAGAGGUGGAAUACUAUAAGCCCCAUCCGAAAGUAUAUGAACAUUUGGUCAGAAAGGUGAGAGGUGGUGUUGGAGAAAAGGAUUGCGAGAAUGUGUGGCUUGUCAGUGGGAAUCCGUUUGAUGUUGUAGGUGCAAGGCAAGCGGGCUUGAUGACUUGUUGGGUGGAUAGAAGUAAAGGGGGUUGGAAUGAUAUGUUGGGCGAUUUAGCAAGUGGGGGACCGCAUCUGAUUGUUGAGGGGGUAGAUGCUGCUGUGAGGGAGAUUCAGAGAGUGUCUAAGGAUUAGUGAGGAGUGUAUACCGAAGCUCUAGCUAAACUUUGGUAGUUGUAUGCUUGUACACUAGGUGUGAGGUAGAAUUUGUUACAGAUUGUAAUCUUACAUGUAUGGAUUAUCUGUCGAAGGAAAUGAAAUGGGCAAGUCGAGAAGGGAAAGAGGGAAGAAACUUCACAUUUUUGAUCCAAAUUCCCUAGGUAAAAUAAUUGAAAUAAGUCAAUCG